AUGGAUCCAGCUUUGGCUAUUCCAAGUCAACAAGUAAAUUACAAUAUGGCUCACGAAUCUGUUUGGUUCUCCCACCCAAGAAACUUCGGUAAAGGUUCUAGACAAUGUCGUGUCUGUUCCUCCCACACUGGUUUGAUCAGAAAGUACGGUUUGAACAUCUGUCGUCAAUGUUUCAGAGAAAAGGCUACUGACAUUGGUUUCAACAAGUACCGUUAA